CUUUCAUGUUUAAUACGGAAGAGAGGCACUUUUGUUUCACAGAGACUAUACUGAAUUUUAUUAUUUAUUUAUUUAUUCAUUUUUUUUUCUUAUAAAAUUAGUAAAAAUGAAGUUCCACUUUAUUUUGCUGUCAGUUUGCUUGUUUUUUCCUGAACAUGGUGCAUCUGGUGUUGAGACAGAUGGAGUUGUUGGUGUCAGUGAUGGAGGGAGAUUCAGUCACUCUACACACUGAUAUUAAAAAAACCCAAGAAGACAGAAUUAGAUGGUAUUUCAAUGAGACUCGCAUCGCUCAAAUUAAUGGAGAUCCCAGUAAGACCUGUACAGAUGUUCAGUGUAAUGAAGGUACUGAGAGAUUCAGAGACAGACUGAAGCUGGAUCAUCAGACUGGAUCUCUGACCAUCAUAAAUACCAGAAUCACAGACUCAGGACUUUAUGAACUGAAGAUCUUCAGCAGCAGCAGCAUCAGUGAAAAGACCUUCAGCGUUUCUGUCCGUGGUGUUUCUGCUGCUGAACGAGAUGAAAUGAUGAGAAAGUCAGUGAAGGAGGGAGAAUCUGUCACUUUAGAUCCUGCUGUAAUGAAAAAACCCAAUCAUGUGAUGACGUGGUAUUUUAAUGAUACUCGCAUCGCUCAAAUCACUGGAAAGCCCAAUAAGACCUGCACAGAAUUUCAGUGUCCUGAGAGAUUCAGAGACAGACUGAAGCUGGAUCAUCAGACUGGAUCUCUGACCAUCACAAACACCAGGAUCACAGACUCUGGACUUUAUGAACUACAGAUCAGCAGCAGUAGCAGUCGUCGUCGCCGCCGCAGCAUCAGCAGUGUGAAGAGCUUCGACGUUACUGUCAUUAGUAAGUGUAAUUUAGUCAUUACGCUAUUUAGACUUUUACAGAGGACUCUUACAUUUAGUACCUUGACAACUUGGUACUGAAGUACCUUUGAUGUCACUGUAUGACACUUUAAACUGUAUUAAAUUCAUAUUUAC